AUGUGGGUGUUCGGUUAUGGGUCUUUAAUAUGGAAAGUAGAUUUUAAGUAUGAAUGUAAGCUCGUAGGCUAUAUCAAAGGUUAUCAUAGAAGAUUCUAUCAACACAGUAUUGAUCACCGUGGAAUACCGGCGAAGCCAGGUCGUGUAGUGACACUCAUCCAAAGUAGUGAUGCUGACAGCAGAGUAUGGGGUGUAGCAUACAAAAUAAAGACAGAAGACAUCAACGAAGUUACUAAGCAUCUAGACUUCAGGGAAAAGAAUGGGUAUUCAAAGAAAACUGUUACAUUCCACCCGCAAGAUGUAAAUCACAAGCCUUUUGAAUUGACUCUGUAUGUUGCUACUGAGGAGAAUGAAUCUUUUGCUG